UGCAGGUAUCUUUACUCUUCCUUUUGAUUUCAUCGUCUCUUUCUAUUGUGGACUUUUGGGGUGUUCGUUUUUGUUAUUAAUUCAUGGUUUUUGAAGAUUGAUUUGAGGAGGGAAAGGAAAUGGGGAAGAAGGGUUGGCUUUCUGCAGUCAAGAGAGCUGUAAUCCGUUCUUAUUCCAAGGACAAGAAAGGCAAGAGAUCCCAUAGAUCAAAUUCCAGAAAAUCAAGGCAUGGAAAUCAAAUGAUGAGCUUCGAUUCAUAUUCACCGCAAACAGAAGCUGCAUUGGCUAACCCUCCCAUGGAGAUGGAGGUGGACGUAGAUGAUCACAAACACCAACCAGAUUCAUUUGCUUAUGCCACUGCCAUGGCGGAAGAACCAGCGGAUCUCAAACAACCCGAAGAUGAGCAGAUCAUGCAACGUGAUUCAAUUGCUCAUGCCAAUAUUGCCAUGGUGGAAGAACCGGCGGAACUCAAACAACCAGAUGAUGAGCAGAUCAUGCAACAUGAUUCAAUCGCUCAUGACAAUAUUGCCAUGGUGGAAGAACCGGCGGAUCUCAAACAACCAGACGAUGAGCAGAUCAUGCAACAUGAUUCAAUCGCUCAUGCCAAUAUUGCCAUGGUGGAAGAACCGGCGGAUCUCAAACAACCAGACGAUGAGCAGAUCAUGCAACCUGAUUCAACCACUGACAUGGAGGAAGAACCUUGUGUUGCUGAUGAUGAGGUCAUUCCGGAGACAUCAACCACCCAAUUCUCGGGUAAAUCCAAAGAAGAAAUUGCCGCCAUCAAGAUUCAGACGGUUUAUCGUGGGCACAUGGCAAGAAAGGAUUGGCGGGUUUUGAGAGCACGUAGGAGAUUGAGAGUGAUGAUUAAAGGGCAGGCGGUGAAACGUCAAACAGCAUCGACCUUAAUGUGCAUGCAGACAAUGGCUCGUGUCCAGUCUCAGGUUCGUUCAAGGAGGAUUAGAAUGGCUGAAGUCAACAAAGACCUUCAACGACAGCUACUUCAGAAGACCAAAAAAGCUCUAGAUCGUGUUAAAUCCUCUGAAAAAAUUCCUUGGGAUCUAAGUCCCAAAUCCAAGGAACAAGUAGAAGCCAGUUUGCGAAAGAAAAGGGAGACUGCUGAAAGAAGAGAAAAAGCACUAGCUUAUAUACACACUCAUCAGCAAAUAUGGAGGAACUCCUUGAGAUCUGCAAAUCCCACAUCUACAGAGCCAUGGGGAUGGAGUUGGCUAGAUCGAUGGAAUGCAGUUAGGCCAUGGGAACCUGCAACCUCCAAUACUGAAUCACCCUCCAAGCCUGCAUUGUUGUCCGCAAGCUCCAAGGGGAGCUUAUAUAGCAUGCAGUCCAUAAGGGGUUCGCCAAAUGAUAGCCUACGUUCCUCAUCUGUGGCCAAUGCCUCCAAGGGCUCAACCAAGUCCACGAAAGUCAGGUCUAAGAUUUCGACUCAUGCCCCUGGUCGGUUAGUGUCGGGAAAGCAAGGUGGCUCGAGCAGCAGAUUGGGGGUGGUGUCAACCAAGAAGCAGAUUUCAUCCUCAGGUUCAUCUUCCGGCCUUAGAAGGUCCAUGGGCCCACGUAGGACAAAAUUCUAAAACCGUAAGGUGAACCCAUAGCAUGUACUGCAUAAAGAGCGAUGUGGCUUCACUCAUGUUUGUGGGGAAAAAACGAACUUGUAUAAGUAUUUAUGCAUGAAUGAGAAAGAUGGGUUUUCAUGACUAAAUAUCGAAUACGAUAAUUAUAAACAUUAGAUUUAAACGGUGUAUAACCACUGAUCAGUUAAAAAUCAGAUAGAAACAAAAACAACAGAACACCAAAGAACGAGGAACGGUAUGGCAACCAUGUAGAAUGUAAAC